AUGAAGCACUCAUUGAGGAAGAAGCAGCCUUUUUUGGAAUUUUCUAAUAUAGUAAAUAAAUGCAAUAGAUGGUAACCUGGAAUGGCAUUUUAAUUGAGGUGUUAGGUGCCACUGUGAAUAACCGUUAGAGGUGGAGGCAAAUUUAUUUACUUCUUUAAUAAUAGGGGUAAUUUAGACGAAAAGUAUAACGAAGCAUAAAUAUAAACUAUUUACAAUAAUACAGGGGACAAAUCUGGACCUUCUCCCAUUAAAGAAUUUAAACGGGAAAAUGCUUUAAAGGCAAAAACAAAAUCUGUUUAAGGCAGAGGCAUCAAUAUAGAAUUAAGUAGGUUUCUUUAAUUUUACCAAGAAGGGUCACGUAACUAUUGCUUAAUGUAGUAAAAUCCUAUACAUUCAUUCUAAAUGUAAAUACUUCCGAUAUAUUAUGUAAAUUUUCUACUAUUGCACUGAGAAUAAUUUUCUGCCUUCUUCUUGACUGCAUAUGUGUUUAAAUCAGAUUCACUAUAUUGGCAAGAAGCCGCUGUUACACCCAUACCCACUACCUUUAAGAUAUUUAUGUUUAUACUAGUAAAUUUCUCAGCGCUUCGCGCGGUGUGAACCUUUUUUAUUAUAUUAUGAAUAUCUUUCUCUAAUAUUUGAUAAUUAAAAACAACCAAAAAGUAAGUGUAUACUAUUACUGUAUUCAAAUAUUUUUUCAAAAACCGGUUGAGGCCUUUAGUUAGUUUUCAAUUUAUUAUUGACAUUUUGUUUGAAAAGAAAAAAUUGCAAAAACAUUGUUACCUUUAAUUUCUAUGUUUUUACAUAAUAUUUGUAGUCUGCCUUCUUUAUUUUUUACAGAUAUUUGAAUGCAUAUUUAGCUCACUCAAUACUUAUUCAAGUUUUUGGUUAAUUGUCUAUGUAAAUCUACUAGAUCUAGUCAAAGACAAUGGGUGCUUGAGCACCCAUAAUGAUCUAUGUAGUUCCACCACUGCACCUUCUAAUUUAUCACUUCCAGAUCUGCUGUCUGGUUCUUCUUCUCUACUUCUUCUGCCAUUACUGUUAGCCGAUAAAUCGCCCGAUAAUCGUCCCAUAAUCUUUAAUCUGAUACCAAUCCGUCCGUCAUCUAUUGGAUGGCUAGUGGAUUAAUGUAUUUAUAAUCCGAUAACCAAUAACCCGAACCGUUAAGCAUAUUAUCCGCCCGAUCCGCCCGAUAAGCACCCCUAUUCAGUAGGGAUGGUAAAAAGUGAAUGAAAAAAGAACGAUGAACUUUGAAAAGAGAGAAUUAAGAAAUAUAUAUAGCUGAGAGAGGUGUUAGUGAGGGGACAAUGUACUUUUGAACCUUGCACAAUUUGUAUUUUAUCGUGAGUGAAAUGUCAAAAAAGUUGAUAUGAAUUUAAAGUGAGGGACACUGAGAUUAAUUAGAUGGUUUUUGCUAAUACUCAAAACGUUUUCAUGGUAUUCUGAAAUACUGCUCACACAACAAUAAACUAUUUGUGGCUUUAUUAGGAGAUCAAAAUUAAUUUUGUUCAUGCAUAAGAAAAGUGAACAGCCUAAUUGUGCUGGACAGAUGGCAUACAUGCAGAAUUGCAUAUGCAUGUUGACACGAAAGGGCCAAAAAAGUUAAAUUCUUCUUUGUAAUUAGGAUUUAAAAUUCACAUUGGUUUCAGUGUAUGGGUCAAAACUGAUCAGCAUCAUAUGAAAGCAGAUAAGAACAUGUGCAUUUGUUGCUAAUUUCAAAGCUGCUUACACUAAUGCAGUGUAUUAGCAAUAAUAUAAAAGCGUAAAUCGUGAAAUGGAAGAGUUCUGAUCUGUUUGGUAUUAAAAUGUAAACAGGAGGACAUCAAACUCAUGGCAGAUAUAGGUGUGAAUAGCUAUCGUUUCUCUAUCUCAUGGGCAAGAAUUCUGCCUAAGGGAAUAUUUGGAGAAGUUAAUAUGGCCGGAAUUGAGCACUAUAGUAAGCUCAUUGAUGCACUCCUACAGAAAGGGAUCCAACCGUUUGUCACAUUAACACAUUUUGACAUACCACAAGAACUUCAGGAUAGAUAUGGUGGUUGGCUAAGUUCACAGAUACGGAAUGAUUUCAGCUAUUUAGCAAACAUAUGCUUCAAAUACUUCGGAGAUAGAGUUAAAUACUGGGUAACGAUGAAUGAGCCUAACUUCGUGGCCAUUAGUGGCUAUAGAUAUGGGACUGGCCCUCCAGCUCGAUGCUCUGGUAUAUUUGGGAAUUGUAGUGCUGGGGAUUCAGAAAGGGAACCCUUCAUUGCAGCUCACAAUAUGAUCCUAUCUCAUGUAGAUGCCGUCAGCAUUUACCGCACCAGAUAUCAGAAAAGUCAAGGAGGCGUGAUUGGCAUUACUAUGGGUUUCGAAUGGUAUGAACCGUUAAGCAAUUCCUCAGAAGACAUAGCUGCAACACAUAGAGCUCGAUCAUUCGAUGAUAGUUGGUUUUUAGACCCUAUUAUAUUAGGAAGAUAUCCUAAAAAAAUGGUACAAAUUUUGGGAUCUAAUCUUCCAGAAUUUUCAAUGAAUGAUUUGAGCAAUUUGAGUUAUGGCCUAGAUUUCAUUGACAUCAAUCAUUAUUCGGCUAGCUAUAUCAAAGAUUGCUUAUAUUCUGCCUGUGAACAUGGAAACUCUUGGUCAGAGGGUUCUUAUUUUAGGACUACACAAAGAGACGACAUCUACAUUGGGGAACCUGGGGAAGUGGACUGGCAAUUUGUGUACCCACAAGGGAUUGAAAACGUUGUGAUGUAUCUGAAGGAAAAAUUCAACAAUACUCCUAUGUUUAUCACUGGAAAUGGCUUUGUUGGGAAUAGUUCUUCUAUAGAG